GGAGAAAAGAAGAUGGCCGCGAGGAGCGAGAAAGAAAACAAUCUCGAAGAGCGUUAAAGGUGGUAGAAGAACACGGUGCCUCGAAGGAGAACGAACUACGAAUCGUCCAAAACUCUCCAACUUCAGAUUAUCUUAACCACCACUAGACAAUAGACACUCGAAAAGUACGGGAAAACGAGUGUUGAAUAGUUACAUGUGUGUCCUUGUUACGAAGAGGUCAGUCUGUCGAGGAUCGUCCUUGGAAUCGCUCGUCCCUGAAGCCGGCUCGAGGAGCUAGUGAUCUCGAAAACAAAAAUGGCGGACGUCGACUCGAGGGUGGAUCAUUCGGAUCCCGAAUUGCGGUUCCUUUCCGUUGACAGGAAUAAUUUCAAUGAUCCUGCAACUCAGGCGGAAUGGACGCAGAAAAAGCUGGUUUGGGUGCCUCACGAAACUCAGGGUUUCGUUGCAGCCGGGAUAAAGGGUGAACGGGGUGAUGAGGUCGAAGUGGAGAUUGCCGAAACUGGAAAACGGGUCCUUGUCGCGAAAGAUGAUAUUCAGAAGAUGAAUCCACCGAAAUUUGAUAAAGUUGAAGACAUGGCUGAAUUAACGUGCCUAAAUGAAGCUUCGGUACUGCAUAACCUCAAAGACAGAUACUACUCCGGUCUCAUUUACACAUACUCAGGACUAUUCUGCGUGGUGGUAAAUCCAUACAAGAGGCUGCCAAUUUACACGGAAAAGAUAAUGGAGAGGUAUAAGGGUAUCAAGAGACACGAGGUCCCACCUCAUGUUUUUGCUAUUACGGACACUGCAUAUCGUUCUAUGCUUCAAGAUCGCGAAGACCAGUCCAUUCUAUGCACCGGUGAAUCCGGCGCUGGUAAAACUGAGAACACGAAAAAAGUAAUUCAAUACCUGGCAUACGUCGCUGCCUCGAAACCAAAAUCAAAUGCGACACCAAGUCCGGCAUUAAUCAUAGGUUCCGGAAAUGUUUCGGAUAAAUUUGCGGUAAUUAACGGUGAAUUGGAACAGCAACUCUUACAAGCGAAUCCAAUUUUAGAAGCUUUUGGGAAUGCUAAAACAGUGAAAAAUGAUAACUCAUCCCGAUUUGGUAAAUUCAUUCGAAUAAACUUCGAUGCCUCGGGUUACAUUGCCGGUGCAAACAUAGAGACUUAUCUUCUGGAAAAGUCAAGAGCAAUUCGACAAGCGAAAGAUGAGAGAACCUUCCACAUAUUUUAUCAACUUCUAGCAGGUGCCUCCGCUGAUCAAAAGAAGGAAUUUAUCUUGGAGGAUCCGAAACACUAUCCAUUCCUUUCCAAUGGCGCAUUACCAGUUCCAGGAGUGGACGAUUCAGCUGAGUUCUUCUCAACCGUGAAGUCCAUGCAUAUCAUGGGCAUGACAAAUGAAGAUUUUUCUUCGAUCUUUCGUAUUGUGUCUGCGGUAAUGCUAUUUGGUUCUAUGCAGUUCCGUCAAGAAAGGAACUCGGAUCAAGCCACGUUACCGGACAAUACUGUUGCUCAAAAAAUUUCUCAUUUACUCGGUUUGAGCGUAACAGAAAUGACAAAAGCAUUUUUAAAACCAAGAAUUAAAGUGGGUAGAGACUUCGUAACGAAAGCACAAACAAAAGAGCAAGUUGAAUUUGCUGUAGAAGCAAUUUCAAAAGCUUGCUAUGAGAGAAUGUUUAGGUGGCUUGUAAACCGAAUCAACCGAUCAUUGGAUCGGACAAAAAGACAAGGAGCAAGUUUUAUCGGUAUUUUAGAUAUGGCUGGUUUUGAAAUAUUCGAGUUGAACAGUUUUGAACAGUUAUGCAUUAAUUAUACCAACGAGAAGUUACAACAAUUAUUCAACCAUACCAUGUUCAUUUUGGAACAAGAAGAAUAUCAAAGGGAAGGAAUUGAAUGGAAGUUUAUUGAUUUUGGAUUAGAUUUGCAACCAACUAUUGAUUUGAUUGACAAACCGAUGGGCAUCAUGGCGUUACUGGAUGAAGAAUGUUGGUUCCCUAAAGCAACAGAUAAAACAUUUGUUGAAAAAUUAGUAGGUGCACAUAGUGUACAUCCAAAAUUCAUGAAAACAGACUUCAGAGGUGUGGCAGAUUUUGCUAUCAUACAUUAUGCUGGAAAAGUUGAUUAUUCAGCUGCCAAAUGGUUGAUGAAAAAUAUGGAUCCUUUGAAUGAAAAUGUUGUUAGUCUUUUACAAAAUUCACAAGAUCCUUUCGUUUGUCAUAUUUGGAAAGACGCAGAAAUUGUUGGAAUGGCUCAACAAGCAUUAACUGAUACACAAUUUGGUGCAAGAACAAGGAAAGGCAUGUUCAGAACAGUUUCUCAAUUGUACAAGGAACAAUUAGCAAAAUUAAUGGUUACUUUAAGAAACACAAAUCCUAAUUUUGUAAGAUGCAUCAUACCAAAUCAUGAAAAGAAGGCUGGAAAAAUUGAUGCACCAUUGGUACUAGAUCAAUUGAGAUGUAAUGGAGUUUUAGAAGGAAUUCGAAUUUGCCGACAAGGAUUUCCAAAUAGAAUACCAUUUCAAGAAUUCAGACAAAGAUACGAACUUCUAACACCAAAUGCUAUUCCUAAAGGGUUUAUGGAUGGAAAGAAAGCUUGUGAGAAAAUGAUUCAAGCUCUUGAACUUGACCCUAAUCUUUAUCGCGUUGGUCAAUCAAAAAUUUUCUUCCGUGCUGGAGUUUUGGCUCAUCUUGAAGAAGAACGUGAUUAUAAAAUCACUGACAUAAUUGUUAAUUUCCAAGCAUUCUGUCGUGGUUUUCUUGCUCGCAGAAAUUAUCAGAAACGUUUGCAACAGUUAAAUGCUAUUAGAAUUAUUCAAAGAAAUUGUGCUGCUUACUUAAAACUUAGAAAUUGGCAAUGGUGGCGUUUGUAUACGAAGGUGAAACCACUUCUGGAAGUGACAAAACAAGAGGAAAAAUUGACUCAAAAAGAAGAUGAAUUGAAACAAGUACGGGACAAGUUAGAGAUGCAAUUACAUUCUGCACAAGAAUAUGAACGAAAAUAUCAACAAGCUAUGGAAGAAAAAACUAUGUUAGCAGAACAAUUACAGGCUGAAGUCGAAUUAUGUGCAGAAGCAGAAGAAAUGCGAGCGAGAUUAGCCGCCAGAAAGCAAGAACUAGAAGAGAUUCUUCAUGAUUUGGAAACAAGAAUUGAAGAGGAAGAAGAAAGAAGUGCUGGAUUAACUCAAGAAAAAAAGAAAUUGCAAUUAAAUAUAAGUGAUCUUGAAGAGCAGUUAGAGGAGGAGGAAGCUGCUAGACAGAAAUUACAGUUAGAGAAAGUACAAUGUGAUGCAAAAAUCAAAAAACUUGAGGAAGACCUUGCACUUUCUGAGGAUACAAAUCAAAAAUUAUUGAAGGAGAAAAAGAUCCUCGAAGAAAGAGCAAAUGAUUUAUCUCAAACACUUGCCGAGGAAGAAGAAAAAGCGAAGCACUUAUCCAAAUUAAAAGCAAAACAUGAAGCAACGAUUGCAGAUCUUGAAGAAAGGUUGUUGAAAGAUCAUCAACAAAGACAGGAAGUAGAUAGAUCAAAACGGAAAAUAGAAACUGAAGUAUCAGAUUUGAAGGAACAACUUGCAGAAAGGAAGACACAGGUAGAAGAACUUCAACUGCAACUUGGUAAACGUGAAGAAGAAUUAAAUCAAGUAAUGGCAAAAAUGGAUGAAGAAGGAGCAGCUAAAGCUCAAGCUCAAAAAGCACUUCGUGAAUUAGAGUCUCAAUUGGCCGAACUUCAAGAAGACUUAGAAGCUGAAAAGGCUGCUAGGGGAAAAGCAGAAAAACUAAAGCGAGACUUAAAUGAGGAAUUAGAAGCAUUGAAAAAUGAAUUAUUAGAUUCUUUAGAUACAACUGCUGCACAGCAAGAAUUAAGAAGCAAACGGGAACAAGAAUUAGCAACAUUAAAGAAGAAUUUAGAAGAAGAAACAUCAAUACACGAAGCAACAUUGGCGGAUAUGCGUCAUAAGCACACGCAGGAAUUGACUGCUUUGAACGAACAAAUGGAUGCAUUGAAGAAAACUAAAGCUGUUUUAGAAAAAGCAAAGGGAACGUUGGAGGCUGAAAAUGCUGAUUUAGCUACAGAACUUAGGUCUGUUGGUGCGAGCAGGCAAGAAUCAGAUAGAAGAAGAAAACAGGCUGAACAACAACUUGCUGAAGUAAAUGCAAAACUUGCAGAAGUGGAAAGAAACAGGCAGGAACUGAUAGAAAGAGUAACAAAAUUACAACAAGAAUCUGAAAGUAUUAUGCAACAAUUAGAGGCAGCAGAGUUGAAAGCUUCUGCAGCCUUGAAAGCUUCAGCAACUUGCGAAUCUCAAUUUACAGAACUUCAGCAACAACUUGAAGAGGAAACAAGACAAAAAUUAGCUUUAAGUUCAAAAUUGAGAGCGUUAGAAAGUGAGAAGGAAAGUCUGCAUGAUCAAUUAGAAGAAGAAGAGGAGGCAAAGAGAUGCUUAGAUAAACAGGUUAUGGGCUUAACUGUACAAUUGGCUGAAGCAAAGAAAAGAGUUGAGGAAGAAACUGAAGCUGCUACAGCAUUGGAAGAAGCAAGAAAGCGGUGCAUGAAAGACAUUGAAGCACUUCAAAGACAAGUUGAAGAACUACAAGCUGCUAAUGAUAAAUUAGACAAAUCAAAGAAAAAGAUUCAAGCAGAAUUAGAAGAUAGUAUCAUUGAGCUCGAAGCGCAAAGAGCAAAGGUGCUGGAAUUGGAGAAGAAACAGAAAAAUUUCGAUAAGUUUGGGGAACUUUCUGUGCUGGCUGAAGAAAAAGCGGUUUCUGAACAGUAUGCAGAGCAACGUGAUGCUGCCGAACGUGAGGCUCGUGAAAAAGAAACUCGUGUCUUAUCCUUAACCCGAGAACUUGACGAAAUGAAUGAGAAAGUUGAAGAACUCGAACGAAUUCGUCGAGGUCUCCAAUCAGAAUUGGAUGAACUCGUAAACAAUCAAGGAACAGCAGACAAAAAUGUGCAUGAACUAGAAAAAGCAAAACGUGCUCUUGAGUCACAAUUGGCGGAGCAACGUUCUCAAGUAGAAGAGCUCGAGGAUGAGUUGCAAUUUACGGAAGAUGCAAAGUUGCGUCUAGAAGUAAAUAUGCAAGCUCUAAGAGCCCAAUUCGAGCGAGACUUGCAAGCUAAAGAAGAACAAGCUGAGGAGAAACGAAGAGGAUUGGUGAAACAAUUGCGCGAUCUUGAAGCGGAAUUAGAGGAUGAAAGAAAACAAAGAGCUGCCGCUAUUGCACAACGUAAAAAAAUGGAAGCAGACUAUAAAGAUAUUGAACAGCAAUUGGAAAUGCACAAUAAGGUAAAAGAAGAUGCACUGAAACAAUUGAAGAAACUUCAAGCCCAAAUAAAAGAUUGCACUAGAGAAACUGAGGAAGCUAGAGCUGCCAGAGAUGAACUUGCAGCAAGUGCUAAAGAAACUGAGAGAAAGGUAAAGAGUUUAGAAGCAGACUUGAUGCAAUUAACUGAAGAUUAUGCCAGCAGUGAACGCGCUAGAAGAGCUGCUGAGAACGAAAGAGACGAAUUACAGGAAGAACUCAAUAAUAAUGCUAAUAAGGGUACAUUAAUGUUGGAUGAAAAACGUAGAUUGGAAGCUAGAAUAGCAACAUUGGAAGAAGAAUUAGAAGAAGAACAAUCAAAUGGUGAAUUGCUAAUGGAUAGAGCUAGAAAAGCGCAAAUAACUAUCGAACAACUAACAAAUGAUUUAACGACUGAGAGAUCAACUACACAGAAAUUGGAAUCGCACAAAUUGUUAUUAGAAAGGCAAAAUAAGGAGUUGAAGACGAAACUCACAGAAUUAGAAACUGCUCAAAGAGCAAAGACCAAAGCUACCAUUCAACAAUUAGAGUCAAAGAUUAAUAACCUUGAUGAACAAUUAGAAACUGAAGCAAAAGAAAGAUUUGUACAACAGAAGAUUAAUAGAAAAUUGGAGAAAAAGCUAAAGGAAUUAAGUCUACAGUUAGAAGACGAAAGGAGAAAUUCAGAUCAAUAUAAAGAACAAGCAGAAAAAGUAAAUGCUAGAAUGAAAACUUUGAAGAGACAGCUUGAUGAAGCUGAAGAAGAAAUUAGCAGGCAUAAAGCAAUGAAAAGGAAAACGCAAAGAGAAAUGGAUGAUAUGCUUGAAUCUCAAGAAGAGCUAACCAGGGAGGUUGCAAAUCUUAAAAAUAAAUUAAGGCGUCGAGGGAAAAAGAAUAGUUCAUACCCCACGUGAAAAAAGCGGAAUUUCAUCAAGUCUCAAGCAUUCCUCGAGUCUUGACGAGGUGGUCCUUCAAUAUGCCUUAGUUCGCGUCUGAAACGCGGCUCUGUUCAAACCGGUGGAUCCGGCGACGAUUCGACGACACAGGAUGAAAGCAUCGAUGGUGAGGAAACUGUCAACUGAACAAGAAAACACACCACUUAUUGAACCCUCACAACGCAGGAAACUCAUAAAAAUAUCCAGGUCCAAGAAGUGUGUGCGAGAUCCGUUUCGAUCAAAGCUAAGUUCGAAACGGAGAACUCCCUUGUAUGAGUUCAGAAGUCGAUUCCAGUGCACCCAACGAUGCCAUUACACGAGGGCGGCGGCUUUCUUCUGUACAUAAGAAACCCGACAGGGCCGUAUUAAGUAGUAUUUUAUCUCCGUUUCUUCCGGAACUCCACAGAAAAUGACGAAUUUUCUCUGGUCAACUUGAUAUGGGCGAGUCAUUCUUAUAUAUUUUAUAAUAAGCUUAUUAACAUUUUUCAAUGUUAAUAAGCAAACAGCAAAAGAAGGUUGUACAAAUAAAUUUAAUCGAACUUUUUUUUCGAUAAAUUCAAUGUGCAAGAUAUACGCUUACGAAAUAUGUAUAUUAAUGCUAUAAUGCAUUAACAGUACUUGAAUGCCAUAUACACUUCAUAUUUGACAUUCUUUCAAUUAUAUCUUAUAAUGAAGAUGUUCGUCAUUUUUUUGGGAAAUGCUACCACAUAGUCGGGUAAGAUUCAGACUAGAAAUAUAUUAUUGGGGCUGCAUAAUCGAUAACGAAUUAACACCGCAUUUAGGCAGCAUUAAUAUCUAUUAUAAUUAUAUUAUAGUUAUUAUUAUUAUUAUUAAUUAUUAUAUUGCCGCAGUUUUUAUUUUUAUCGCGAAAAAUAUCGUAAUAUGUUACUUGUAAUUAUUUUUAAUAAUCAAACCAAUGACGGACGAUUCUAGCAUCGUUCCGAAAGAUGUGAGAUUAAUAGAAUUUUCGAAAGGCUGAAACUUACUUUUUGUUAAUCAAAGUGUUUAAAGAAACUGUUUUUUAAAUAAUAUACUAACUACAUCGAAUCAAACGAAUAAAAAGUAAAUUUAAAACUUCUGAAGAAAAAUUGCUUUUAUGUUUCACAGAAGUUUAAGGACGGUUGUAAAGGAAAUUAAAGUAGAUUGAAACGAUCGAAAGCUAAAGAACGUCUAAGAAAACUUGCUUUUUUAUGUCUAAAUACUUUGCAAAGAAAAAGAUAUCUUAUUCGGAUAUCGAAUUUCAAAGUGAAGAAAAGUAGUAUUAUUAUUUUUAAGAAAAAUUUUAUUCUUUAUGUUUCGGUCGAAUGUGUUAAUAAUUGCUCUUCUUGAUUUCUUUCAAAUAAUCAUUGUAUAGUCAAUUUUUUUGUUUCCAACUCGUCUGACGGAACGAACUAGAAAUCGACGAUCGAGUUAUCAAUUGGUACUUAGGGUCGAUCGUAGAUCGAGAACUUUUUCGUUUCGUAUUAUUCAAUUUUAAAUGCAUCGAAAAGUCGAUGUAUGUUUUCAUAUCAUUGUUUUACCAUCUGCAUGAACUUAUAAAUAUCAUACUAAUAAACGUCAAUUUUUUACAGCUAUAUAUAUAUAUUAAACUUUUUCAAACAGUUUCGAAGAACUACUUUACUUCUACCAGUAAUGUUUUUAGGUAGAAAAGCAAUGUUCUAAUGAAUUUCUUUAUGCAUUUAAAAUUGAAUCGUCGAAAAUCACAAAACAAAAUUUAAAAAAGAAAAGAGAGAAAGCCAGCAAUGUUUUUAUAUAUGCAUUUUUUACGACAUGUGCAUUUCUCAUGCAUUAGAAAAAACGCAUUUUUAACCUCCUUUUGUAAAGAUUUAAACAAAGAAAAGAAUUUAAAGCAGGCAAACGACUUUAUAUGUACUUGCGAUGUGCUUUCGCCUGUUACCUUGAGAUAUUUAUUAUUUGAUUAUACAGAUAAUUAUUCUUAAAGGUAUUUACAACCCGGAAUGAAAGAUAAAAGGAGGUUAAUGAGCGAUCAUAUGUAUUACACGUACAUAUGUAUACAUAUACAGAGUAUCGUAAAGUAUGGGGUAUUUGGUAAACAAGUCUUAUACCGAAAAAAAUUAUUAUAAAAAAAUUGAAUGAUACUACUUGAUCAAUUUAUUUUCUACAAAUUUACUUCAUUUGUCAAUUAAACAUAAAAAAACUUAAUAGAUAUGUAUUUUUUGCGAUAAAAGUACCUAAUAUAUAACGUGUACUAUCAAUUUCGAUAUUGAAAACAACUACUUCGUAACCGAUGCUGGAACAAAAACAAAAUAUACUUUGUACAAAAAUAUUAUUUCCUAAGUGCAACAUACUUUAUUGCAUACUUUAUAUAUAUGUCUGGAAUAUUCUAUUUUUUGAUAUGGCAAAGUGAUUGGUGUCUGGACGAAACCGGCCUGUUUUUUUACAUUAAACAACUUUCUAGUGAUUUUUUAGGCGGGCUUUUCAAAUUCGUAAUUGAACUGCCACUUCACACCAUCGUGGACUAUUUUCUCCACAUAACGAUGAUGAAUUAAAUUUGAAAAUCUUUUGAUUAAAUUAAUAAACUUAUAUACAUUUUCGACGAAUUUACUUAAUAAGAAAUAAAUUAUAAUUUCAUACGUAAAAAGGAUCACUGUAUUCAAUUAUAUCUAUUGAAUAGAAAUGUCGACGAUGUGUGAGUAGAAUGCAAAAAUGAAAUGUAAAAGGAUACAUAUACAUACUUGUACUCUUUUUAGGUCUGGAAACGUAGGUGAAAGCUCUGAGCCUCAGGAUCUUUUAUAAAGUAUAGAAAGCUUGAAUACCGAACACUGAAAUGUCGACAACCUUUUCAUCAAAUGCAUUUCUUUUUGAUGGAAGUUUGGAUGAUUGUAAAAAAUAUACAUCUUUAAUUGUGCAAAAUCACACCACAAUAAUAAUAAUUAUUAUUAUUUUUAUUAUAAAUAAUGAAUAGAGAUAUAACAAUAAAUAAAUAAUGUAAAAGGAAAUCAACCAACAUAACAAUUAUACUAAAAUAUCUCCAAUAUAGCCAUAAUAAAAAUUUUGUUAAUUUUUCCUUCAUUUCCUUUUUCAAUUAUUGAAAUGAAUUUACGAUACUUAGUAAAAACAGAAGUUUAUUUCUUAUUCUUAAUAUACUUAUAUAUAUAUCUUCUAAAAAUACCAAAUUUUCUGAUAUUCCAUUAUCAAAGAUGUUUAAGUAACAUAUUCAACAUUUUGAAAAGAAUUGAUAUUUCAAGAUAGACUUUUAUCAUCUUAUUUGUUUCUAAUUUGAGUGUAAAUUUAAUAUAGAAUUAAUAGGAGAAAUUAUAAUAUGUAUAUACUUUUUAAAUUGAAAAUUUGUUUAUAUCAAAUUAUUUAUCUAAGAUAACAAAUUAUUUAAAAAAUUUAUAUAUAAAAAUGAACUAAAAACUUAAUAACAUAUUUUUUAUAAACCAUCCAAAAUUUCUCUGAAGGAAAAAGAAAUCUAGACCACCUAAUGUUAUCUGUGAACUGCUGUGAAUUUGUGUAAAUAAGCACAGAAAAUAAUUUUUAACUGUGGUGCAUUUUAUUUAAGCAAUUAACUUUGGAAUUGGAAAUGCUAUCUCUAUUUAAGAGUAUGAAUACCGAUCGGGUUGAAACAGAUAAGUAUGGAAAAAAUAAAUUAACUGGAAGGGUAAAAAAUGGGAGACAGCGAUAAUAGGAUUUGACCAGCUAAAUAAUGAAUCUUUUUGAUACAUUUUAUAUAGGUAUAAAUCAAAUAUUAAUAACACUUAAGUAUGUUAAAAAGAAAGCAUAAUAAAUGCUGAAAACUGAGAA